ACCGGAACGGCACGGAGGACGCGGCGCCAUGGCCCACGUCACAGCCACCGCCACCGCCGCCCGCAUCUGCGCCGUGCUGGCCGCUGCCGUCGCCUGCGCCGCCGCCGCCGCACUCCCCCUGCCGAGCUACAUCAAGCCUUGCAAAAUCAACGAUCCUGGCCUGAAUGAAUGUUCACUGAAGAAUGGUCGAGAGGCGAUACCAUCCAUCCUAAAAGGAGACCCCAAGUACCGGGUGCCCAGCAUGGAGCCGCUGGUGAUCAGCGAGGUGAGCGUGGCGGACCGCGGCCUCAACAUCACGCUGCGCAACGUGCGCCUGCACGGCAUCACCGACAUCGAGUUCCGAUCCUCUGUAUUUGACCCAAAAGGCAAGAAGUUCGAGUGGGGCUUCUUCCUGCCGCGGCUGCAAGUUCUAGCCGACUACCAGGUGGACGGCAAGAUUCUCGUGCUGCCCCUGAAAGGCAGUGGUCCCGCCAACAUUACUCUCCUUGACGUCCCAAUAACGCUGAAGUUCGAGUACGAGCUGGUGAAGAAGGAGGACGGGAAGGAGUACUUGAACCCAACCAAGGCGACGCCCACGUUCGACACCAGCCGGACCUACAUACAGCUCGACAACCUGUUCAACGGUGACAAACUGCUGGGAGACAACACGAACAUGUUCCUGAACGAGAACUGGCGGGAGGUGACAACGGACGUGGGCCCCGUGAUAGCACAGGCGAUCGCCGAGGCGGUGCGCCAGAUCCUGUCCGGCAUCGCCCUGCAGGUGCCUUACGAGCAGCUCUUCAUCCUGUAGCGGCCGGCGCAGCACCCAGCCACCUGCUAGAUGCUGCCUUCUCUCACUCGCUUAUCUACACUCGUUCUCAGAGUGCAACCGGCGCUAGUGCAGCAUUUUAGGGUAGACGCUAAGAUGUACCUCUAGAGUCGAAGCUCAUUAAAUCACUCUUCCUUCUUCA